AAAGAUAGGCAUAGUCGUCUUGUCAUUGAGAUUAAAUUAUAGCUUUGUUGGUAGACGCCUUUUUACACUCUUCCAAAACCCUCUCAUAUGUACAUAUAUGUUUCUAUUGUAAGAAGAAGAAGAAUUGAAGAAUGUCGGAAAAUAGGAAAUGGAAGAAGGGCGCAGGAAACGGCGUCGUUUCGGGAAGGACAACCCUGGCUGCAAUCGAAUCAUUAGCCAUUCCUCUUGUUCAAGAAGUGGUGUUCUUGGCAGAUUUUAAGUGCUCCAGGUGCCAGCAAAGAGUUGCUGAAAUUAUGUCCAAAAUGAAUGGAGAGACUCAAUCAGUGAUGAUAAGUGUUUUGGACAAGAAAGUAACUUUAAUUUGCACUUACGAUAACGACUACGACUCCGCGGCGGCAAAGAACCCGAACCCAGCUAGGCGGCGACCACUUACGCGCGUCUAUCAAAACCCGUGGACCAAAGCCGUUGUAUUUCUCCGGCUGCUUCGCACCUCUUCCGGCCACUGAUCAAUGCUCUCUCGUUACUGUAAAAAAUAAUGUUUUGCUUCAAAAUGUAGGUGUAAAUAUUGUAAAUUACCAUGCUUUGUUUAUUACAACGUAAAAUUCAGAUUCAUUUUGAAUAUGGUCA